GGGCAGGCGGGGAGCCGGGGCGGGAGGCGGCAGCGGCGGGCGGCGGGGAACGGCUGCGGCGUGAGGGGCGGCUGCGUAUUUCUUCCGCGUUAUGGAGGCGGCGGCGGGCGAGGACGGCGAGGAGCCUCUGCGGAGCGCGCAGGUCCUGGGCUCCGAGCUCGUGGAGACCUACACGGUGUACAUCAUUCAGGUCAGUGUUGGCAGUCAUCAGUGGACAGUCAAACAUCGCUACAGUGAUUUCCAUGACCUCCAUGAAAAGCUCGUCUCAGAAAAGAAAAUAGAUAAAAACCUGCUACCUCCCAAGAAGAUUAUUGGAAAAAAUUCCAAAAGUCUGGUGGAGAAGAGGCAAAAGGAAUUAGAAGUCUAUCUGCAAACUCUUCUAGUCAAGUUCCCUGUUACUGUUCCAAAAGUUCUGUCACACUUCUUACACUUUCAUUUUUAUGAGAUCAAUGGGAUCACUGCUGCUUUGGCUGAAGAUCUCUUCCACAAAGGAGAGCAGUUAUUAAUGGCUGGAGAAGUCUUUACCAUUAGACCACUGCAGUUAUAUGCUGUCACUCAACAGUUGCUACAGGGGAAGCCUACGUGUGCUAAUGGAGAUGCCAAAACAGACUUAGGUCAUAUUCUAGAUUUCACUUGUAGGCUCAAGUAUUUAAAGGUCACUGGAACAGGAGGACCUUUUGGAACCAGUAACAUUCAGGAGCAUCUCUUGCCAUUUGAUCUAUCUAUUUUUAAAUCACUUCAUCAAAUAGAGAUAAGUCAUUGUGGAGGAAAGCUUAUCAGAGGGCUGACUUCUUCAAAGCACACUCUAGCCACAAUGAGCGUUCGAUUUUCAGCAACAUCAAUGAAGGAAAUCCUGGUGCCUGAGGCCUCAGAGUUUGAUCAGUGGGAGCCAGAGGGUGCAUCAGCAAGCUGUCCAGUGACAGCAGUUAUUCCAACUUGGAGAAACUUAACAACUUUGGAUAUGAGUCACAAUAACAUCCCUCAAAUUGAUGAUUCAGUGAAAUUAAUUCCAAAGAUUGAAUUCCUGGAUUUGAGUCACAAUGGAGUGUCACUAGUAGAAAACUUACAGCAUCUUUACAACCUUGUUCAUCUGGACUUAUCCUAUAACAAACUUACAUCACUGGAAGGUGUUCACACAAAACUGGGAAACAUCAAAACUCUGAAUUUAGCAGGAAAUCAGCUGGAAAGUCUGUAUGGUCUUAACAAACUUUACUCAUUAGUCAACUUGGAUCUCAGCAGCAACAAAAUAGAACAGAUUGAUGAAGUUAAAAAUAUAGGAAGCCUCCCAUGCUUAGAAAAGGUGGUCUUAUCCAGCAAUCCAUUGAGCAUCAUCCCUGAUUACCGGACCAAAGUACUUGCUCAGUUUGGAGACAGGGCCUCAGAGGUCUGUUUGGAUAACAUUGUUACUACAGAGAAGGAACUCGACACUGUCGAAGUUCUAAAAGCUAUACAAAAAUCAAAGGAGGUGAAGUACAAACUGAGCAACUCUGAUAAAAAGAUCAGUGAGGACUUCAGGCUCACUGCUGCCAGUUCCAAAUCAAACUGUUCUUCCCUUACUGUUCGUCCUUCCUCUCCCUCUCUGCCUCGUCCUGUCAGCUCCAGCCAAGAAAUAGUUUGUGAAGAAACAGUCCUAGCAAGCAGUUCACUGCAAUUCAAUGCAUCGACUCCUACAGACCAUACAGUUCCCCAGAGAUGCUCUGAAAUACCAGAUUCAAGAUGUAAAAAUCAGGCACCUGUUUCUCUACUGGAGUAUGGAAGAGGUGGUAAUAUGUGUUUGGAUCAUUCAGAGGAAGAAUGCUGUACAGUGCCUGACCCCUGUAACACUGUCAUCUUGCCUUUUAAUUGCAUGUCAUACACUGCCACAAACCAGGAUUUUACCCAGCACCUUUCUGCCUUGAUAGCACAGACUGUGCAGAGGACACCCCCCUCCUUUAUAGAGAAUAAAGGAAGCCUUCCAGCCAGUUCCAGAACCACAGACAAAGAAGAUGGAUAUUUUGAAAUGGGACUUCAUGAAGGAGAUCAGACUCUUGAGUUCAGUGCUUCACAAACUCAGUCAGCUGACAACGCAGCAGUGAAGAGCAUCAGCAUAGUCAAAAUUCUCUGGAGUUUUUCUAUUCAUAUUCAUAAAGAAGUCAGGCAAUUUGCUUCCUGUUUAGUUUUGACGGAUGAUUUUCUAGCUGUGUUUGAGAUUCCUCCCCAGGAACUGAGGGGAAGCUGCCAGCAUAUCCCUUCUGCUUUGAAAUUAAUGCUGUGUUUUCCAUAUGCUGACCUAACAGAGUUUGGUUUCCUCAUGCCAGAAAUCUGUUUAGCGCUGAAGCUGAGAAACAGUGAUAACUGCUUGUUUGUUGUUUCAGACUCCCAGAAUCUUCAAGACUUUUAUUCCUGUUUGCACACUUGUCAUUCUCAACACUGCACGCCAGUGUUACCCAUCUCCACAACAUACUGUGGAAGUGCAAACCUCCAAGAGUUUCUUGGUCAGCUUAUGGAAUUGAAUUGCAUUUCGCCAGAGGAUGUGGAGAUAAAAGGCUGUUUUCCAACCUACCUUGUUUAUGGGAAUAAAACCAGUGUUCAGAAAACCUUGCAUCAGCCAGAGUCAGCUGGCAGUAACAAAACAUGGUCAAAACAUGAUUUGUGCUCCGCACUUUAUUCUUCAAUGCAUAAAUCUCCUGACCCGUGUCCCUGUGUGCUCCAUCCCUGCUGGCUGUUUCUAACACCACAACAUUUGUACAUAAUAAAGGUGGAUUUCAGUGUACUGCCAAGUAAAUUGAUAGCUGCCGGAGACUUGAGAAGUGUUCUUAAACUGAAUAGUGUUCCAUUAGCAUCAGUGGUGCUGCAUCCAACCCGUGGGUCCACCCAGCAGAAAGGUUCAUUUUUGGAUGGGCACGUGCUGGAGCUGCUUGUUGGAUACAGAUUUGUUACAGCAGUGUUUGUUCUACCUCAUGAGAAAUUCCACUUCUUAAGAGUCUACAGCCUUCUGAGGACGCUGCUGAAGAGCAUUAAGACUAUUAUCAUCUUCAAAGCUUCAAACAAAUCAGAUGCUGCAAGAAAUCACGCCUUGGAGUCAAACAGACAUGGUCAGUCAGCAAGCUUUUACAAGCCUCAUCUGACUCUGUCAUCUUUAUAUCCAUCUGAAUUUCUCAUUCAGAAGAUUACAGAAGAUAACCAGAUUCCAGUUCACCUUCAUGCUUCUGUGUCUCUGCAGUAUGUGGCUGGGCUUAAAGGAAAUGCCCUAGUUGAAUUCUUCCAUGGCAACAUUGCAGAGGUGGAGAAUGAAGAGUUGAGGCACCUCAUGUGGUCUUCAGUUCUGUUUUACAAAACUCCCAGUGUGGAAGUGAUGGCUUGUGUGCUUCUCUCAACAAAGGCUAUUUACUUCCUGUUGGAUGAUACUUUCAAUCAUGCUGAUGAGCAUCAGUCAGAUUUUUGGAACCAAGAAAACUCAGAAUGUGAAAAUAACUCUUUCCACCUCUCUUGCUGCCUUGUGCUAAAGCUGAAUGAUCUGCAGUCAGUAAACGUUGGCCUGUUUGACCAAUACUUCAGAAUUACUGGACAGUCUGCAGAUCACAUAGUCGCCUGCCUGACGAGAGACAGUUACAACACUCACGCCUUCAUGCAGCAGCUGAUGGCAGUCCUGUCGUUGCUCGCACGCACACCUUCACCAGAACCAAUAGAUAAAGACUUCUACUCUGAAUUUGGGAGUAAAACCACUGGAAAAAUGGAGAAUUAUGAACUGAUUCACUCUAGCAGAGUAAAAUUUAUUUAUCCAAAUGAAGAGGAGAUUGGGGACCUUGCUUUUCUAGUGGCAGAGAAGAUGGAUGGCUUAACUCAGCUCCAGUCUCUCCAUAUCCUCCUUUAUGUGUUGGCGUUUCAAGUCAGUCCUGUGGAAGGAUCUGCCCAAAACACUAGUCCACUUCAACCUAAAACACUAAUACUAACCAGCUCCGAUUUGUUCCUCUUUGAUGAAGAUUAUAUCUGUUAUCCACUGCCUGAAUUUGCUAAGGAGCCUCCAAAGAGAGACAAGUAUCGGCUUGCGGACGGCAGACGAAUCCGGGACUUGGACAGAGUACUUAUGGGUUACCAAACGUAUCCACAGGCCCUUACAUUUGUGUUUGAUGAUGUUCAGAAUCAGAACCUGAUGCAGAACUUAGCGCUGAAUCACUUUGGAGACGCUGACGGUGCCCCAAAGGGAAAUGCUAAACAAGAAGGCAUCAGGAACAGAGAGAUCCAGUGGUACAUCUUUAUUCCAAGUGCAGAAAGUCGAGAGAGGUUAAUUUCAUUGCUUGCAAGACAGUGGGAGAUACUGUGUGGUAGGGAACUGCCUUUGGAACUCACUGGGUAACUCGUGCCCAGCUCGGUGAUUGCAGUGCCUGUUCUCAAGUGAAGCACAGCGUUUCAAAGAGCGCCUGUCAAGUUCUGUCACUUCAGUAAGGAGCUGAACUGGACUCCUGUGCUUCCUAGGG